CGGAGGAGAGCGGAGCUCUCUCGGGGGGAGGGGGCAGUCUGCGGCGAUGGGGUAGUAGCCAGCGGAGACGCGCGGCUACUGUGAGAAGCCAUGGCUGCCGCGGGGCUCAAGGCGGCGGGCAGCGGCGUGUGGAAGGGCGGCGGAGCAGCCUCCUUCCAGCUGGUGGCCGCCGUCUCCAGCCCAGGGAAAGGAGGCGUCGGCGUCGGGGGUCCGCCAAAGACCCACCAGCACCAGCCCGCUGCCAGGUAUUCCCAGCCGCCCUCGUCUGUAGGAGGCCGAGCCGGUCGUGCAGGAGCACCAGCAUCAGCUUCUCCCCCUUUAGGAAGCCCCGUCGAAGGCAUCGAUACCAGGAGCUACCUCUGGGCCAGAUACCACGAGAUGAAAAAGCUGGUGCACGAUCUCCUUCCACCAGGGGUCUGUAGUCUUCUCAAUCCAGCGGCUAUCUACGCAAAUAAUGAGAUCAGCCUGGGAGAUGUGGAGAUCUAUGGCUUUGAUUAUGAUUACACAUUAGCACAGUAUUCAAAUUUGUUGCACUCUAUGAUAUUCAACACUGCCAGAGACAUCCUGAUUGAACAGUAUAAGUACCCAGAGGGACUAAAGAAGUAUGAAUACAUUCCUGGAUUUGCUAUAAGAGGACUUCACUAUGAUGUGCACAAAAGCCUUCUGAUGAAGAUUGAUGCUUUUCACUAUGUUCAGUUGGGUACCGCAUAUCAAGGGCUGAAACCAGUGCCUGAUGAAGAGGUGAUUGAGAUGUAUGGUGGAACUCAGCAUAUCCCCUUAUACCAAAUGAGUGAUUUUUAUGGCAAGGGACCAUCAAUUAAACAGUUUAUGGACAUCUUCUCUCUUCCUGAAAUGACAUUGCUUUCAUCAGUGACUGAUUAUUUCAUGACUCACAACAUUGAGUAUGACCAAGUUCAUCUUUACAAGGAUAUCAGCGAUGCCAUUAAAGAUGUCCAUGUGAAAGGAAUGAUGUACAAAUGGAUUGAAAAGGACAUGGAAAAAUAUAUUCUUCAUGGAGAUGAAACUUAUGCUGUCCUAAAUCGCCUGGUUAACCACAACAAAAAACUCUUUCUUAUCACAAACAGUCCCUUUACCUUUGUUGAUAAAGGAAUGAAGUACAUGGUUGGCAAGAACUGGAGGGACCUUUUUGACAUGGUCAUUGUUCAAGCAGACAAACCCAACUUCUUCACUGACAGACGCAAACCUUUCAGAAAAAUGGAUGAGGAAGGGUCACUUCAUUGGGACAAAAUAAACAAACUGGAAAAAGGAAAAAUCUACAAACAGGGCAAUCUGUUUGACUUCCUGAGGCUAACAGGUUGGCGUGGGUCCAAGGUCCUUUAUUUUGGUGACCAUUUGUACAGUGACCUUGCAGAUCUCAUGCUCCGUCAUGGUUGGAGGACAGGAGCCAUUGUUCCAGAAUUAGAAACUGAAAUCCGGAUCAUUAACACAGAGCAGUACAUGCACUCUUUGACUUGGCAGCAAGCUCUAACAGGACUUCUGGAGAGGAUGCAGAUGUAUCAAGAUGAGGAAUCUAAGCAGGUGCUUCUAGAGUGGAUGAAAGAGCGACAAGAAAUUAGGUCACUUUCAAAGAACCUAUUUAACCCACAAUUUGGAAGCAUCUUUCGUACUUUUCACAAUCCAACCUACUUUUCUCGAAGACUGAUUCGCUUCUCUGACAUCUACAUGGCAUCCAUCAGUUGCCUGCUGAAUUAUGAUGUGAAUUUUACCUUUUACCCUCGGCGAACUCCUCUACAACAUGAAGCACCUCUCUGGAUGGAUCAGCUCUGUACUGGUUGCAUGAAGACACCAUUCUUAGAGGAAAUGGUGCACAUCCGUUAAAAGGCAUUAGAAAGUGUAUGUUAAAAAAAUAACUGUUGUGUGUGAUGGGCACAGCUGCUCAAUCAUGGACUGCAACUUGGUUACUAUGUGACCAUUGCUAUACUUUGCCUCCCAGCAGUUCCUCUAGAACAGAAGGAAGGUGAAUUAAUUCAAAGGUUAUAUGAAUUAUGUCUUUGAAAUACUACAUGGCAAGAAAUAAGGCUGGAUUAAGGGUUUUUUUUUUAUUAGAUAAGAGUAUUAUGUUUUCUGUCUCUAAAGAAACUUUUAAGUGCAGAUUCCACCUAAAAUUCUCCCCUUAAAAAUUGGCUGUAGGUUCUUUGAAAACGAGUAGUAAUUUCAGAAACUGCAUAUGAUACAUAAGCCUGUUGGGCAAUAUCUGUAUUUAAAUUGAGAUGUACUGUAGCUGUAAUAGUAAUAGCAAAUAUAAUAUAAAUUGUUCACCCUUUUGUAGGAAUAACUCCAAAACUAAGACCUUGGCCAUCUUGUUUAGCAACCAGAUCAGUUUCACUAUACAAACUACAUAAUACACUAGAAUUGUUGCAAAUGUCACUGCAGCUUUGUAAGUUUCAGUCAACUCAUAAUUAACUUGAUAAACAUUAGAUAAAUUUGAAAGUGCUGACUUGCCCCUUUUUAAAGAAUUGAGCAUGGUACAAUAAAGUAUAUAGGAUUAAGACACUUUGUUGUUGUUGUGUGCCUUCAAGUUGUUUCCAAUUUAUUGCAAACCAAGGCACUGAAUUGAUCUUAUUGUCAGCUUGAUUGGCCUUUCUCUGUCAUGCUGACUGUCUCACAUGACUGAUUUAUAGCUGCUACUGAAAAUUUAAUGAUACUCACCACUAAGCAGCAUGCAUUUCUUCUGGGCUGUGGACUGUAAACUACAUGUGCCACAGGAUUACACUUGAUGUUUCAGCAAACUGUAUGAAUUGACCAGAGGAAAACAAUGUGUUUGUGAUAACAUCAGCUAAUGUGGUGUUAGCUUUGUAAUGAUAUCACUUGACUGUGCACUUAGCAAGUAAUCUGCAAGUAAUGUGUGUGUCACCAUUAUAUGCUUUGAUGAAAAGCACAUUUUUAAAAAAUGUGAUGGUAAGAGGCUUCAGCUGAAAAAACAUUUUUAACCUGUUCAUUUCCAUAUUUAUAUUGUAUUAUUCUAAGCAUCCAAGAACAAAUAGACAAAUGUUCAUUCUUUAUUAUGUUAGUUCUUGGCAUAAUAAUGAAAGACACAAUCUGGCCUUCCUCCCUGUGUAGGUGUGUAUGUAAAGAAAUUGUCAUAGGUUUGGUUUAGCCCUUGUUCAUCCUUUCUGUACAGUACUCGUAUCUGUGGCCACAAUGUGUUUUUACUUCAGCAGAUACAAACCUGAUGCAGUUUACUGUCACAGUCGCAUUAUGUGGUGCUCUAGUGUUUGAGUUGACUUAUUGUUGUCUUUUAAGCUCAUUUAUGAUGCUACUUUUUUAAGUCUAUGAAAAGCUUACAUUUUGGGCACAACCUAAUUUUGGCAUUGUCCUCCUUUUGCCACCCCAUCCCAAUUUUAAACCAACAGUACCCAGUUUGAAAGGCCCUUUUCACUCCAUAUAAUUCUAGCAAGUGAUUUAACCUUAAUUCAUAGAAUCAUAGAAUCGUAGAGUUGGAUGAGACCACAAGGGCCAUCCAGUCCAACCCCCUGCCAUGCAGGAAAUCACAAUCAAAGCAUCCCUGACAGAUGGCCAUCCAGCCUCUGUUUGAAGACCUCUAAGGAAGGAGACUCCACUACACUCCGAGGGACUUGUCUGCCAACCAUACAAUUCCAUACAUCCAUGGCAGUUAAAGUGGUAUCAAAUUACUAUAAUUGUGUAGAGUAAAACGGGCCUCCAGAUAGCAUGAGCACACUAAAAUUUGUUCAUUUACAUAGUCAUUGUGGAAUUCCUUUUCACUGGAGACUUGUCAAUUCUCAUUGGGGCUGGAUUUAGGGAGCUUAAGCUAGAGAGAGGGAUUUCCUAUUUCAAACUGACUGAACUGUGCAAUGCUGCUUUAGCCAGCUAUACUCAUCAGUAUUGCUUUAAACUUAAUCAUGAACAAAUAAAGCUGCCCAAACUGAUUCCAGAACCAUUAAAGAAAUCAUGAAGAUAGGCAAUAUGGUACAAUAGGCCUUACAGCUGAACAGUGCAUUGAGUAGGGUAAAUAAAUUGACCAAAUCUUGAAAUCCUAAUAUACCAAAGAAGCCAUACUGCCAGUUUAUAGUACUUACUAUGGUCACAAUUUGUGAUUUCUGACCGGAUCAUAUUUAGGGUUUUUUUCUGUACAGUUUGUUCCAUGAUGAUAGGAGUGGGAAACCAGCCUUUGUGUACUGUAUGUUUUGUUAUAUUCAUUUAAGAGAUAUGAGAGUUCUGUCUGUAGUUCUAAAACAUGGAAUUCUGUUUAAAAAUGCAUUUUGGUAGAGGAGCCCCAUUGAAGCAAUGCUAUGUUUCAGAAGCAGCAAACACCAAUUAGAUUCAUUGCCCCCAACAAGUACACAAAUGACUUUCCUGCUUAGAACUUAUAUCACUGCAAGAAAACAUAUUUUGAGGAGCAUGUCCUCCCUGGAAUUAUCUAUGCAGGCGCACACACUGUGAACAGUUUCUUGUGUUUCCAGUUUACACAAGAUGCUUCACUGCUAUACCAACUCCUAAAACCAAACCUCUUCCUAAGUGGAUCAAAGCCACUUACAGAGGUGUGCAGCCAAAACCAUGGGAAUAGAAAGGAGGCAAGUGUGGGAGACUAUGGUUUGAAUCUCCAGUUGGCCAUGGAAAUCCACUGGGUGACCUUGGACAAGUCACACUCUCUCAGCCUCAUAGAAGGACAAGGGCAAACACCCUCUGAACAAAUUUGUGCCAAGAAAACUUGGUGUUAGGGUCUCUGUGAGUCAGAAAUGAUUUGAAGGCACCGAACAGCAACAAAUCAGGCUUCAAGUGAGAAAGAUUUUAAAGUGUAUGUCCUUUGUUGAUGAGACCACUGAGAUAUCCAGUAUGCAACCAUCCAGUCCUUUUGUGCAAAAUAAAAAAGUCUCAAACCUACAUUUGCUGAACCCUUGUAACAAAGAACUGGUGAAUAGCAAAGUAAGGCCCAGGACAGACGGCACAGAAGCACGCUCCCAAGCCCCAGUUCGUAUGGACGGUGCCAUUUUGAAGGCACGCCGUCCAUACACCAUGCGCGAUGAUGGCGUCAUGCAUGUGCUGCUUCCACAUAGACCAGUGCAUGUGUGACAUUACCGCACUGCUGCAGGGCGCUUGGGGCACCCUUUCAGCGUUGCAGGAAGAAGCUCCAAAAUCACUGGUGUGGCCUCUACAUGGCCACGACAGCAAUACAAACGAGAAAAGGGCUGGGUGGCCCCUUUCUCCUCUUUGCCACACCUGUCAGGGUGUCUGGGGGCAUGAAGCCCCAUGGACACCUCUUUCCAGGCCAUGGAGAAGCAGCAUUUUGCCGCUUCUCCGUGGCCUGGGAAAGCACCAGGUUGAGGCCUCUGGUCUGUCGGUGAGGCUGCCCUGCCCCCAGCCUGGCGCGGAAAAGGGCGCCUGCAAACCGCCCCUUUUCCGCGGUCUGUUCCGCGCCUUAGUUUACCAUUUCCCAAGUCUAUAGAUUUUUACCUGCAAGCAUCUGAAGGCAUUUUUCUCCCCCAGCUAGAGCUCUGCAUAGGAAAAAUGUUUAAAAACAGGAUGAUGGAUUUCCUAAGUGGAAUCUGUGGGUAAGGAAAGUGUUAAGUAUUCUUUUUUUCAUAAGUUCCGUACACCUGAUAUGUUAGGAAGUCUGUGUUUGCCCAUAAUCUCUGCUUUGAGCAAAAGUAGAUACAUCACUAUUUACAUUAAAUAGGUUUUUAUUUAUUAAAAUGAUUAUUCUAGAAAGUCUAAGUGCACUAAGCAUGAAUGAAACUUGAUCUCAUCUCAUCUAUCUCUAAAACUACCUAUUUUAAAUGUGCCAAGUAUAUGCUGUGCAGAAUUAAUAGAGUAAGAUAGCAGGACAAUAUUAAAACCUGUCUCUUAAAACUAUUUUUGGCAUAGCUUUCCAACAUCAACUGAAUUGUUACAUCAUUCUUUUAAAAAAACAACUGGGCUCAAACAGCCACUUUUGCUAUCAUAGUUUGGCUUGUCAUUUAUAGGGUAGCUGACACUAACACAUGAAUAUAUUGUUUAUGUUUUCAAUUUGAAAUGGCUGAGCUACCAGUUUAAAUACUCUGCUGGUACAAGAGUUCUCCUAGUACUACCAUCUUUGAACUUCAGGCUAAGGCAAGAUCUCAAAGAACUGGGAUAAUAAGCUGAUACAUUUUCAGAACUGACUAGAGUAGUUAAUUCUGAUUCAAGUAUUUUGUGUGUAUCCACAACAGUAUGUGUGCAGCCAUUUAUUCUUGUUUUGUUUUCUUGGAUACGAUAGAGUAUUAAUUAAACAUAUUCUACAGGA